AUGUAUCGACGAAUAAAAAACAACAGCCAGCCACGUGCAAUGUUUAGAAGUAAUAGCAUUAAAAUCGAGAAUCAAACAGAGCGUAUCGGAGACCAUUCAGUUCUUCAGAAAGACGAAAGAUGCGGGGCCAGUAUAUUCAACAUUUCUUAUUAUAAAACGCUUAAGAAGUAUUUUAUAUUUUUGGGACAGUCUCCAUCGCAAACUGAUCUACAUAGUAAUAUUAAUGCUACUCUGGUAAUAUGUAUUAACGUUAGCAUACUACUACCUUCGGUUUUUCAAAUGCAGUUGUCGUUAUCCAAGAAGGAUUGGGACGGGGUUAUCGAGAGCCAACCACAUUUAAUUACGGCUGCCCUCGCUAUUGUAAAAUUAUUAAAUCUCCAUCUCAACAGACAAAAUUUUAAAGAAUUAUUUGUCUCCGUGAAAGAAGAAUGGGAGGAAUUAAAGCUCGCCGAUGAACUGCAUUAUCUAGAUGUUCUCACCGAGAGAGGGAGCAAAAUUGCCCAACUAUACAGAAACGUCUUAUUAUCAUAUUUGGUACUGUUUGUAUCGCUUCCAAUGCUUAAUCCGUUAUUGGACAUUGCUCUACCGCUAAAUGAGUCCCGACGGCGAGCACAACUACUAAAAGUUUAUUACUUCGUAGAUGGCGACGAGUACUUUUAUAGCAUAUAUAUUCAUGGAACUAUCUGUGCGAUUAGUAUUAUACUAACAAUAGUCUCCGUAGAUUCUCUAUACAUGGUAAUAGUUCAUCACGCUUCUGGAUUAUUCGCAGUAUGCGGAUAUAAGAUUAGGAAAGCAACUGAAAAUAAUUAUGUGACUAAAAAUGGAGGUGCUUUGAAGGGUAACGGAUAUCAAGACUUUAGGCAGUGCGUUAUAGUCCACAAUAAAGCCAUCAAGUUUUUCGAGUUCCUGGAUAAUCUAAAUCGAAAGAAUUACUUAAUUCAAAUGGGACUUAACAUGAUAGGUAUUAGCAUCACAGCCUUUCAAGCUGUUGUACACUUGCACGAACCUGAUCAAUUUUUUAGAUACUGUGUUUUCUUCGCCGGUCAGAACUUUCAUUUGUUCAUUCUCAGUUUACCUGGACAGGUGCUUCUAGAUUACAGUUUAGACUUAGCCACCAACAUAUACAUGUCCCAAUGGUAUCAAACACCGUUGGAAGUACAAAGAUUACUCCGUAUGAUGCAAAUAAGAUCCAGUAAACCAUGUUCAUUGACUGCAGGAGGAUUAUACGAGAUGAACAUAGAGAAUUUUGGAAUGACUUUUAAAACGUGCAUGUCGUAUUUUACAAUGUUGCUGUCAAUGAAACAAUAA